CAUCAACAUCAACGCACAUCUCCACAUCAUACUCAUCUAUAGUUGCGGUCUUCCUAUACGAUUGCAGCCCAGAUGCACUGACUUUAUCAAUCCUCCUGCCACAUAGCUCACCCUCAAAUCCUGCUAAACCCAUCACUACAAUCACCAUUACGAGGUCCAACCCAACCGGCGUCAUCGCACCCCUCCAAAUACAACCCCUUCCGUCUAAGCAUAUUUUAAAAGCAGAAGGGAAAGGGUAACCUAAAUUACAUACGGCCAACCACGCCCCUUGAAGGCUUGAGCGCCGUCCAUCGCCAAAAAAAACCCGCCAAAGACAAAAAAGAAAAGAUCACCAAGCGAAACCAUGUACAACGCACAUCGUGGCAUGGUUGGCGGUCCUAACUCUCGUUUAACAGAGUUACUGGACCAGCUACGACAGGAAUAUGAGAACCAAUCGCGGAGUACUGGGGAAUUCGAGCAUCAAUUGACUGGACAGCUCCAGGAGAUGGAAAUGAUCAGGCAAAAGGUUUACCAGUUGGAACAAGCGCAGAUAAAAAUGAAACAAGAAUAUGAGGCUGAAAUACGCACCUUGCGAAGAGAACUUGAAUCUCGCGGCGUCCAUCUUCCUCAAUCCCAUAUUGGGGGCCUACCAACACAUGCCGGGCCUUCCCAAGCCCCCCCUCCAGCUCUUGGCCAUGGCCCUGCGAACCUAUUCGGUGGCAUCAUGGCCAACCCAGGAGGCGGAGCUCCUGCGCUUGCGCCACCUCCUCCGCCAGACCAACAGCCACCCCAGCACGCGCUUCAACAACCCGGGUCCGGUGCCCAAGGGGCCCCUCAACCACAGCAAGGAUAUGGUCCUCCACCUCCCACGACUUCUCCAGGCGCUGGAAAAGGCAGAGCCAAUCGCGCACCCGGCCCGGCAACCCCUCAGCAAAAUCACCAGGUUGCUUAUCCCGACCCACGCGCAUCACCUCAGAUCCACCGUCCCACACCCCCUGGCCAGCAAUUGAGUUAUCGCGUUGGAAAUACAUUGGCGGAUUUAGACCCUGACAAGCUUCCCCCGAGCCAAAAGCGAGAAGGUUCCGACUGGUACGCCGUUUUCAACCCUGAAGUGCCUCGCGUCCUGGAUGUCGACCUUGUCCAUCACCUCGUUCACGAUAGCGUUGUUUGCUGUGUAAGAUUUAGCAAUGACGGCAAAUAUGUUGCUACUGGUUGCAACCGCUCUGCGCAGAUAUUUGAUGUUGCGACUGGACAGCUGGUAACUGCUUUGCAGGAUGAUAGUGUGCUUGAUAAAGAAGGAGACCUCUAUAUCCGCAGCGUCUGCUUCAGCCCUGAUGGCAGAUAUCUGGCUACCGGCGCAGAGGACAAACAAAUCAGAGUAUGGGAUAUUGCUACCCGAACCAUCAAACACAUCUUCUCCGGUCACGAACAAGACAUCUACUCCCUCGACUUCGCCCGCAAUGGACGCUACAUCGCGUCCGGCUCGGGUGACAAAACCGUUCGCCUCUGGGAUAUCGUCGAUGGCAAACAAGAGCUCAUUCUCAGCAUUGAAGACGGUGUUACCACUGUCGCAAUCUCACCUGACGGGCGCUUCGUUGCUGCCGGGUCUCUGGAUAAGAGCGUUCGGGUCUGGGAUACGACGACUGGAUACCUUGUCGAACGCCUAGAAAACCCAGAUGGCCACAUGGAUAGCGUUUACUCCGUUGCCUUUGCGCCCAAUGGCAGAGAUCUAGUCUCCGGCAGUUUGGAUAAGACUAUUAAGAUGUGGGAGUUGACGCCACCGAGGGGUAUGGUACCCGGCGCGGGACCCAAGGGCGGAAAGUGUGUUCGAACGUUUGAGGGUCAUAAGGACUUCGUUCUUAGUGUCUGCUUGACACCGGAUGGACGCUGGGUAAUGAGCGGUUCCAAGGAUCGUGGAGUGCAGUUCUGGGACCCAGCGACUGGGAACGCGCAGAUGAUGCUGCAGGGCCAUAAGAAUUCGGUUAUCUCUGUCGCACCCAGCCCAACUGGUAACCUAUUCGCUACUGGAAGUGGAGACAUGCGUGCUAGAAUCUGGAGCUAUACCAAUUGGGAUCGAAGGGUGUAAGUUGUUUUUCAUCUCGACACGCGCUUCAAAGGAUUUACGCAUUGCCAACCGUACACACUUUCUCACCUACGCGAUAUCCUGCAUAACACAUAAUAUACCAAUUCAUAAGGAAGAGAAGCAUACGAACACACUAUCGGACAAGGUAUAGCGAGGCGAAAUCAAACUGUGCAAAGAAAUUAAGGGAUGGAGGAAGGGAUAUAUGCCUGGUGGAACAUUUUAUUGACAUACACUGUUCUUCCCUCCCCUUAAUUCCAUUUCUACUUAUGUACCUUUUAUUACCUAUUUGAGCAUGAAAAGGAAAAAAAGGAAAAUUGAAAUUAAUACAGAGGUAGCUAUCCGUUGCGGGAAAAGAGGGGGAAAUCAGAACAAAAUGGACAUGAAAUUAUAAAUUUCUUAUCGGGCUUCCAUUCCCUUUUUUCCCCAUUUUUAUGGUUUAUGGUUUAUGUAGUUUUUAUGGAGUUUUUAUUUUGAUCUAGUUUAAGCCUGUGUCAUCUUUUGACUUAUUUUAUAUCAUCAUCUGCAUUCUUCUAAUAUUCAUCAUCAUUUCACUCACUGAAAGUUGGUACUUGUUGAUUCCAUUUCCUGAGAUUUUUGUAUUUUUCUUCUUUUGUUUUUUGCCUUUUGUGUCUUUUCUUUCUUUCCCCAUUUUCCCUUUUUAAAAAACUAUAUUUGUUUUAUUCGGCAAUCAAUUACAAACCAUACAUAAUAUUU